UGAAUCUGAAUAACUGGAACAGGUUGACAUCCAAAACAUUCAAAGAAAUCAGCAAGACCUGGCAUUAAGGUAAAACAGGUCAAAUCACCAGCACAUUCAACGGCAAACUUAAUAAUUCAUGGAUAUUUACAUAUCACUAUCAAACUUUUAUCAGAUAAACUUGUAUUUUCGACUUGUGUUUGACGUUUUAUUCUCGCAACAUGGAUCUUUCAACUUUUCUUUACAUUCAAAGAGCACGAAAUGGUCAUGUGUUCCUUAAUUUUUGCGAAGUCUUUCAAUGUGUGUGGGUGAAUCCAAAGAGCAUUUAAAUGCAAUUAAAAGAAUGACAUUAAUCAUAAAAGUAGUUGCAGAUCUCAAAUGAUGACACAGUUCAGAGAAAGUGCAUGACAAAUUGACAAGCAUCAUGUGAGCAGUAUUGAGAAUACCAAUCGAUUCAAAGUGAAAGCCCUUGGUUGCAAUAAAAUACAUAGUAUCUAUCAUGCAUCAAUCCAAAAGGUCUCAAAUGAAAAAUGGAUUGAUGUUUUCUCAAGCACCAGCACCUGACGACAAUGAAACUGAAAUGAAUUGUUCAUUCUAGUUACAGCUGGAGGAUAUUUGCUCACUAAUCAAUAACUUCCAUUAAAGUCAAGUAUAACAAGCGGACAUAUAAUCAAACUGAAACUGCUCAUUUAUUUGAACUGAAAUUUUUUAUGUCUAUGCCAACAAGCACGUGGUAGUUUAUUUGCAGAAUGAACUAUGGUCAUGAAACGGCUUGAAAAUCUGCAACAAGUCUGCAUGCUUUGAAGAAUGGAACCAGAUUGGCAGGCAGAUAUGUAUCCAGAGGUAUUCUUAUCAGAAAGAGCAGAUGAGCGUGUCUGUAUCAACAUCAGUGGUGCACAUUUUGAGACGUUUGAAAGUACUCUUGCCCGCUACCCAAAUACUCUUCUUGGUUCCCCUUCUCGGAGGAAUAAAUAUUUCGAUCCUUUUCGUGGCGAAUAUUUUUUUGAUAGAAACAGAAGAGCGUUCGAUGCGAUCCUGUUCUACUACCAGUCAAAUGGUCGAAUAUCGAAACCUGAUAAUAUCACAGAAAAACAGUUUGUAUCAGAACUCAGUUUCUUUGAAAUUGGCAAAAAGGAAGAUUUGCUAACAUUUCCAGAAAGAGUUGAUCGUUUUAUUCUCGCUGAAUCGCAUGAACUGCCUAAGAAUCGUCUCAAGAGGAUUUUCUGGCAACUGUUCUCUAGUCCCGAUUCGUCUAUAUUUGCAAAGAUCAUUACAAUUAUAGGUAUAUUUGCAUUGGCUUUGUCAAUAGUAAUAACGUGCGCAGAAACAUUGCCUUCGCUGAUGCAUCCAAAGAGUGAGGGUUACAUCAAAGUUAAACAAAUCAUCUACGUAAUGAACCAUGGAUGUUACGUUUGGUUUACCAUUGAAUUUUUCGUUAGAUUUUUAUCCUGCAGUAAUAAAAUGCAGUUUUUCAAGUCGCCAUUGAAUUGGAUCGACCUCUUGGCUAUUAUUCCGUUCUACUUACAACUUAUAAUCGAGAGCCAGACUCAGAUGACACCACUGUCAAUUCUAAAGGCGUUCAGAAUUUUUCGCAUUGCCAGAAUUCUCAAGGUCUCAAGGUACUCAAGAGGUAUGCGGGCGCUUAUAUACACGCUUUUUGCCAGUAGGCAUGAACUUGGUCUGCUCUUCUUUAUAUUGAUCAUAGCAACCGUUGUUAGUGCUGCUUUAACUUACUAUGCAGAAAUUAACGAACCAGACUCGUUUCUCCACACCAUUCCGGAUGCUCUUUGGUGGUCUAUCAACACCAUUACGACCGUAGGCUAUGGAGACUCCUAUCCUGUCACAACAUUUGGAAAAGCAUUAGGCGGUUUCUUCUCAAUUUUUGGCACCAUUCUUAUUGGGUUGCCGAUAUUCUGCCUAGUGUCAAACUUUUUAGAACUCUGGGACUCGAUAAGAGACAAAUCAAGCGAAGAUGAAAAUGGCACAGCUCUUAAGACCGCAACAAACAUACCCGCUGUGCAAAAUUACGCACAGAUUGAAAAGAAGUCUCCCUAUCUUGAAAGGAGGUCGCCGUAUCUCGAAAAGAGGUCCCCGUACCUUGAAAGGAGGUCUUCCUAUCUCGAGUUACAGUAUUGAGCCUUGUGUUAAUGUUUUUUAUUUAUAUUUUACUAUCGUCCGUCAUGCAUGUCAUGAAUCACAGACAAGACUAAUACUGACUUUCAUGACUCAAACAGAAGCUGCAGGGUUCGUUACUGAACGCCUUUUAUGAUAUAAUCAAUCAAGCUAUUCAAAGCAAAAUUCGAUUCGUGCCGUGUGCGAGAGCAGACGUCUUUUCAAUGGCGAGGAAAAAUUUCUUGAUUUUGUUGCUGAAAACUUUGGUGAAGUUACUGAAAUAUAGUUUACGGUGACAGAAAGAUAAAUCAAGUUAUUUAUUGCUGUUAUGGAUGCUUUUCUGUCAAAAUAAGGCGGCGUUUCGAUGGAAAGAUCUGAAUACGUGCCUCCCGGCACUAACUCGCAGCUUUUUACUGAAUCAUUUGGUUGCCAGUUUUGCUCUCGAUCGUUUAAGAACCAACGAGGUUUGAGCCAACAUUUACGCUGUUGCCGAAAAGAUAAACAAGGUAACAUAUCUAAUUUGAAUUCAAAUAAUAACACAAAUUUUCAAGGGAGUUUAGUAACAAGCUCCUGUUCAGAUUUCGUUCAAGAUUUAACCGUUAAUUCGAAUGACUUUGCGAAUGUUCAACCGAGCACCAAACGUUCUAAUGAUGCGCUUGCAACUCGAACGCAGAGUUCUUCUUCGAUUCAACCUGAAUUGACUUACAAUCAACGAACCCUGCCUCUUUUUCAUCCUAUGCCUGUCUCGGAAAUUGGAGAGCCUGGUGAUAGUGCUCACACAUCAAUAUUGUUAGACAAUGGUCCAAAAGUGUGGGGAAUACACUCCAAAAAGGACGUUCAAAUGGUCAUUUCUGCCAUUUACGAAGAAGUUGUGUAUUGGAGGAGAAACAUAUUUAUGCUUCCUACAGGUUCAGCAGGAAAGAGAUAUAUUGCAGAGAUGACUCGUCUUAUCAAUGCCUGGAAUGAAGAAGUGGAGUCUUUAAAGGAUAUCGCUAUCAAAACAGUGAUGAUCAUGCCAGCUCUCCUACUGCAGAAGCCAUCUUUCAGAUCAAAGGCAAAACAACAUGGCGAGUGUUUACGACGGAGAAUGGAUUUGUGGUUAGAAGGAAAUUUUGAUGCACUAGUUAGAGAAUGUAGAACAAUCCAGUCCAAACUCCCGAGCUAUAGCAACAACUUCUCUUCGGGAGAUCUCGCAAAGAAAUUUGCAAAUCUGGUACUUGAAGGGAAAAUCAACGCAGCGAUGAGAUUAUUAGAUGCAAAUAAUGC